UAAGAAGAUAUAUAUAGAUAUGAAAAAUGGCUAAUUAUCUUUUUACAAGUAAUUUUUUACUUUCUAAUACUCAAUACUUAUUGUUAUUAGUUGGAUCAGUCUCGAACAUAUUCUCUAGAUGAAUUUUGUGAAGAACAGUUGCAACAAGCUAGCCAAGCAAUGAAAAAAUUUGAGGACGUCAGAGAUAAAGCAAUUUUGGAGUUAAAAAAUACAGUCUUAAAGAUUGUGAAUCUCCUGACCAUCAUUGGUGAUUGCAUGGGCCUCGUCAAUGACUACAGCUCCACGUUCAUCAAGUACAACAUCAUGAUCGGGAAAGCCAAGAUCAUUAGUGUGAGACUGCCAUCCGUGGGAGAAUUAACUCCAAAAGAGUUUAAAAUUCUACUCAAUAAACUCCGAAACUAUCACGGGCAUAUGGUGGAUAUGGUCAUUGAAAAGCGCAUUGGUAUUUUCAAAGUUACAACUCUGGAAUAUCAGUCACAGUGUUUACCCUGUGUUGACAACUCCGUACAGGUGGUUCACACCCUGUUGGAAUCAGUCAUCGAAAGAAAAAAUGCAAAUCUACUGACAAUAAGAACCCCUGUUCUGUUGUGUGUUGGGACUCAAAUGGCAACUGCUAAGGAGAUGAUUCAGACCCUGUCUGAGGAGGCUGCAAGCUUAGCUCACAGAGUGAGAUCAUGUUCCGGCUAUCAGGACCGCUUCGACGACUGCCACUUCUCAAUGCAUUCUCUCACGAUGGAGGAAAUUACACAGAUUGUGUUCACAGGAAUCUCUGACAUCCAGAGUGACUUAAGUCUGAGGAAGUUGCUAUGGGAAACACGAGAGGAAUGGGGUACCCUCUUUCGGGGAUGGAAGAAUUGUUUUCUUCAUGCUAUUGAUGUAGAAUCAAUACAGAAAAAUGUCUUCAAGUGCAUGCACACAAUCCUUUCACUGGAAAAAGGUGAGUGUGUUUGUUAAAUUUUCUGCCCCAGG